UUUCCAGCCAUUUACAUAAACCAAUUACACUCAAGUUCUUCGUUCCACCCAAUUUUCUCUCUAACUUAUUCCUCUCUCUAAUGGAGUCGCAACAAUCGAAAAUCAAAACACCACUCGAAAUCGAACCCGACCACCAUGACAUCGCCGUUUUAAACUCUGAAUCGCCGUCUCAGCCGCUGCCGGAAACCGAGCCGAAUCAGGAAUCUCCUCCUCGAGCCUCCAGCAACGAGCCAAUGAAGAAAAUCGUGACUCCGGAUCGUCUCAGACUCCCUGUAGCUUUCAAGCACCCGGAGAGAUACCGAAGUCCAACAGAUGCAAUGGUGUCUCCGGUUACUAAAGGUCUUCUCGCAAGAAGCAGAAAGGCUUCCGGUUCUCUUAUUCCACCAAGCUUUAACUUGACCAAGAUUCAAGAUCUACGCAAACCGGAAUCCGGUCUAUCAUCUGUUGGUUGCUGAAGACUUUGUGGAUUUGGGGGCUUGAACAGAAUAAAGUUUUGCAUGUUCUGUAUUUUCACUUCCUUGGACGUCCAUCAAUGUAUUUCUUAAUUUUCUUAUGCUCGUGUAGUGUUGAUUAAGAGAAAUUGAUAAUGUCUUGGAUUUCUAGUGAAAACAAAACUAAGCUGUUGAAUAAAGUUGAUAACAAAAUGUUGGUUUUCUCUCAAACAAACAGUCUGAUUAAACCAAAAUUUAUU